AUGUUGAGCUAUUUCCGGUACGGAAGUGCAUGGUGGUAUCUAUGGUUAUUGUAUACAAAGGGGGAACAGCCACAUAUAAUCAUGGCUGACAUAACUAAUCCCAUUUACACCCCCAAAACUGGGACAGAUUUCCUGUCAUCAACAAAUUUCCAAGUAGCACAAGACAUGUCCGUUACACCAGGGUCAAUGCAAAGUGUGUUCAAGAAGGACUAUCCAUCUUACAAACACUAUGGCCGAGAUGCUGAAGCAGAUCGCCCUGCCUUAGCUGAGGUCAUGCAUAGGGAUGGAACCUACUUCAGGGAAAAAGCAUCCGAGACAACCAAGUCAUUUACAUACAAAUACAUGCCGAAAAUGGUGGUUCCAGAUGUGCACAGAAAACUCCGAUCAACUAAUUUCAAGAUGGAUUCAGAUUUAAGUAAAGUGAAAUCAUUUCAGACAAUGCACGAUUCCUAUUUCACACCAAAAAUAGAUGAGGAUUAUGAGCGUGUGCAGCCUGUAAUGGCUUUAUGGGCAGUGAAUAUUCCUCAAGGGGAUCGAGACAAGGCUGAUGAACCGUGGUCUGACUACAGGGACAGAUACAGGGGCCAUGACACCACAGUUCACAAGGUAGAAAAGGUGCCAUCCAUGCAUGAAGGAGGUCCUCCAACAGUGAAAGGUGAUGCCCGCUACACACAUUUUGAUACAACACACAAUUCUACAUUUAUGGGAGAGUAUCAGGAUCCAAUCAAGUCCCUGUCUGCACCUACAGGUACCAAUGUACCCAAUGGUGACCCAGACAAGGAGAUGGUAAGGGAGACAACCAUGCAGUACUCGUUUCCUAGCAAAGUCGAGAACCGUGAUUACAAACCCUACCUGAAGGAUGAAGUCAGCAGGACAUUGGGAAAGACUAACUUCAAACAAGUUGAUGGGCACUGCAAAUACAAUGACUAUCAGAGCACCGCUACAGUGUCUUAUUUACCUGUUACAACACCAUACCAAAGAUAUAAACCAGGCAAACAUCGUAACCAUAGUGAUCUUCCAGAAGGGGACCAUGAUGAUGCCAGAGGUGGAGAACGUGUCAACUUGACAACCAGUCGAUAUUACCAUGGAAAUCCACCAAGUGGUUUACACAACACCAUUAUAUCAGGUGCCAAUCUGAGGACUAGGAGUAAUGUUUGGUUUGGAGAACCCAGGAUGUCCAAGACAUUCUAUGAUACCACAACAGAUGAUAACUUUCACCCAGUCACUGUGCCCUAUACCUACAACCGGGCCAAGUUCUACAAGGACAGUGACAUCCCCUUGAACUACUAUGACAAGAGUGAAGCCAAACACACAUCCUCCUGGACAGAUUACAAGAACCCACAUAGGGGGAGGACUGUACCCAAUCCUGUGGCCAUCAACAACUUGAAGAAGUCCCACAUUUUGCCCCCACUGAGUGGCCCCCAGAAACACAACACUACCCACCAAGUGACCUUCACCCCUAAGGAUGCUGAGCUUUACAGUUAUGAUGCGGGCAGACUACAGAAGAGUUCAGUCCCCUUGGGCACUAUGAGUGCUUAA